UGUGAUCUAAUCAAUCAAAAUAAAAUAACCUAUUAUAUUUGUUAUUUGAAUAUAAUAGAAAACUUAGUAUCUUUCAGAGAGUUUAUUUAUAAAGUAAAUAAUAUUUGUUUUCUUAAAAUUUUUAAUUAAAUGUAAGGCCAUGUUGUUUACGAGAUUAUCAGUUCUCCGUACGCUAAAUAACAUAACUAGGAACUAUAAUUUGGUUCGUAGAUGUUAUUCGCAAAAUUCUGUAAAUUUGUCUGAUCCUGCUGUACAAAAUUAUUUAAAACAUUUAAUAGUGGAACAUGAUAACCUACACACGAAAACAGGUCGUAAUAACGAGGAAUCUAGGCGACUUUUUGAAAUAAAACCAAUAGUAAAUGCAUUAGAGCAACGCAUUGCAUUAUACGACAGCAUUGAAUCGUUGAAGGAUUUAAAUAAAAAAGAGAACGAGGACAAUGAAAUGAAGAAAAUGAUUAAAGAAGAAGCUCAAAUAUAUUUGAAGAGGUUAAAGGAGAUUGAUGGUGAGUUACAGUCAAUAUUACUAGAACCCAACAUAACAGAGGGUGGAGUCUUAUUGGAGGUGUCGGCCGGUGCUGGAGGUCAGGAAGCUAUGUUGUUUGCAAGAGAACUUUUUGAAUUGUAUACAUCAUAUUCCAAUUACAAGGAUUGGGAAGUGGACAUUGCUUCUAUUGAGAAAUCUGAUAUUGGAGGUAUCAGAAAAGCAUCAAUGUUGAUAUCAGGCUAUGGGGUGCCGGAGUUGAUGAGGAUGGAAGCUGGUGUCCACAGAGUGCAGAGAAUCCCUGCUACUGAGAAGGGAGGACGUAUACAUACAAGCACUGUAUCUGUGGCUGUACUCCCCCAGCCCACUGACAUAGAGUUAAAUAUUUCCGAUCGAGAUAUAAGUAUAGAAACAAAGAGAGCUAGUGGUGCAGGUGGUCAGCAUGUAAACACAACUGAUAGUGCUGUACGCAUCACCCAUAUUCCCACUGGUACAGUGGUUGAAUGUCAAGAGGGCCGUUCACAAAUAAAGAACAAAGAGAUAGCCAUGCAGAAACUAAGAACACUCCUAUUACAGACACAACAGGAUGAACAAAUUUCAAAAAUAAAUAAUGAGAGGAAGUCUCAGAUUGGAUCAUGCAAUAGAAAUGAAAAAAUAAGAACAUAUAACUACCCACAAGAUCGUAUAACUGAACACCGUGAAGGUGGUGGUACCCUGCACAAUCUGAAAAAUUUUAUGGAAGGUGGUGAACAACUGGAACAACUCCAGGAGGGGCUAUUAAGACAUCAGCGACACCAGAUGCUAAUGCACGAAAUCAAUGACUUUGUUAAGAAGUAUCAAUCUGAAACAGCUGGAAAUAGCUAAAGCAGUAUCAUAGCUUUUGUCAGAGAGCGCGGGCGAACACGUCCAUCACCAGAUAUCCAUCGCCACAUGUGUUAUUUCUAUAAGUUCGUGGGCCUACCUCCUUCUGGCCGUUCUCCUCUACGGACUGCGAUUGGUUGUGGACGUACGAAUGCAAUAAAACGUAAUAACAUAUAGAUAAAUGCAUU